AUGAGGAUUAUUAGAAAAAGAUAUGCUCUAUUUUUCUUUCCGCGUGUUAUGUCAUCAACAUCAUCAUCAUCUCAAACUUUCUCAUCAUCAUCAGUUCAAAAUUCUAGUGAACUUAUUGAUUUAACAUCAUGUUCAACAACAAAUAGAAAUCCAACAAGUUUUGCACCUCUUCAUCGAACAGUUGAAUUAGAAAAUCUUCAUGAUUAUAUUAAAAAUGAUGAAAAACAAAUAACACCAACAAAAAAGACUUUAACAAAAUGUAUGACUGUCAUUGGUGAUGGAAGUGACAAGCAGAUUUAG